AUAAAACCUCGGACGUGCGUUAUUAAACGGCUACUAACCGAUCCGCCGCCGUGGCGCUACGCCGACAAAUAAUAUACACAAACAAACGCACACACACGCAGUCAAAACGUGCGCGCGCCGACUCCGCAAGUCUCGUUUUAUGUUAGUGCAUGAUAUAAUAAUAAAACAUAAAUUAUCGUCUGAUCGUGUGGUCCGCACCGGUGUCAUUGCAAGUCAUCUCACCGCCGGGGCCCGACGUGCCGAAACGGACUUCCGUCGCUUCCGGUCCCAUCGAUUCUUCUGCAGCCGUUCUUGUUCCCGACAACUGCCGCCAUCGUCGCCCGCCACUGCCGAAAAGAACAUAGCAAAAGGAUUGGUUUCAAAGAAUGUCAACAAUCUUUUAUCACAUACCGUUGUAAUAAAAAAAUGUUUACAAUGUUCAUCUGGAUUGUUGCUGUAUUGCCGGUGAUCUUAGUGUCGGCCAAUACAGAAUCACGGUCCUAUAAUUCGGCGCCAAACACACAAACUAAUUAUAUAAUCACAUCAAAGCCAUUCACUGUUAGAGAUGAUGCGAACGCGGGGACAAUAAAAUGGAGGCGAGACACAAUAACCGGAGCUUCACUUAUUGGAGCAACAGAUCCGGCUAAAAUGAAAUAUUCAAUUGAAUGUACGGAUAACAAUGAGUGUGCGGGGAUUGAACUGGGAGGAUCCGACGCCACAUUCAAGCCGUACACCCAGGACGAGUUAAACCGAAUACUUAAACGUUACGGCGAAGCAGACAGCGAUUCUGAAUCGUCCGAUAAAAUAUUAACAUACGACGAUAGUGGCAAUCAAGACAAAUCCAAGGCAUCGUGGAAUUUAGUAGAUCCACAACAGAAUCCAAAAAAUCCAUACGACGAUCGACGUGGUUGGGUCACGUUGGAACCGAUGGCUUGGUCGUCAUCGCACAUACAGAAAUGGGAACCAAACAACCGCCCGACGUGGCCACCUCCACCCCAAGACCACACACAAGCCAGCUAUUCUCCGUGGGCCAGUAACAGGCCUAUACAACGACCAAGCAAUAAUUAUCAUCAGCCACAACAGCAGCAAUCUGAAUGGACCACUGAGCGCCCUUGGAUUCGACCCACUUACGAUUAUUCGUCCAAGCCGUCACAGGCGUCUAACUAUCAAAAACCGUCGGCACCACAUAACUCGCAGAGCUUUUAUGGAUGGAACAACGCAGAGCAAGAUAUAAUUACGGACGGUAAACCUGGACAAUUUCCCGCUGAUGCUUACCACAAACCAUGGAAUGGCGACUAUGGACAAGCAUCUUAUGGUGGUCCGAGGCCCACAGAAGUCGAAGGAGAUGGACAAUGGGUACUUUUAUCCAGCACUAAAGGUUAUUCGAUCCCGCAUCGACCUAACAGGAGCCUGCAAGGAAGGUCGGUAUCUAUUGACGCAGUCAACAGACCGAUUGAAACCGUAAGUAGAUCAGAUGAAGUGACCGGUCGAUCAGCAGAUACGGCAAGUCGACCGAUAUCGUCCAAGAGGACUGUACGAUUAAUGGUACUGCCACCGGAUAAAGAUUCGCAAAACGUGACUACAUCACACAACGGCAUGAUCGAGGUAGACGUUUCACGGAAAUCGGUGGAUCAAGAGCAAAGGGAGUUCGCAGCUAGAGCACUUAAAGAAAACGAAAAUGACGUGCAAGUGUUUUCCGACAGGUCAGCAAAGUCCAAUGACGAGCGAAGAGCUAUGUUGGCCGCAGUAGGCGCUGGGAUGCUACCAGCUGCUACCAUGGCAAUGUUCCUACCGAUGAUGGUGGACAGAAAGCGCAGGGAUCUUACGACCAGACCAGAAGUCGUAUUUCAUCAUCACGUAUAUCCUAGAUAAUUCUUGACAUUAAAUGACCUGUAAUUUAUUUUCUUCAAUUGUCACCUUUUUGCGUUCCGCUCAAUGUUUAUUUGAUGUCGUUGCCAAUACCUUUAAUACCUUUUGAGCACUGUUAUGUAACUACACAAUAACUAAUUAUUUAUUUAUUUAAUGUAAUAGUUUUAAUCCAGUUGUAUUUAAUUUAUUUAUUUAAGUGCUUGUAUACUGUAUAUUGUAAUUUGAU